UGGGGUAUGCCACACAACUGAUGAUUGUAACACAUUCUUAUUUUAUAAUUUUCAGACAGUUCUGUCAGUUCCAUGCCUGUAUCACCAUCAUCUUCUCAAUAUUCCACGUGUGGUUCUGAAAUUAAUGAGGAUUCGGGUGCUUUCAACAAAAACCACAAAACAAAAUUCUCAAAGCAACAACAACUUUAUUUUGGCUCUACCAACAUUCCACCUCCUGCUUCAUCAAGAAAUGCUCAAUUAUUUGCUUCUCGACGUUCUCUUCCAAUAUGGAAUUUCAAAAACAAAAUUUUAGCUUCUAUUAAACAACAUCCUGUUACUCUAAUUACUGGCGGGACAGGUUGCGGGAAAACUACUCAGGUUCCCCAAUUUUUGUUGGAGGAUGCUGCAGACAAUUCUACCCCAAUCCAAAUAAUGUGCACUCAACCUAGACGUCUUCCUGCAAUAUCAAUAGCUAAGAGAGUUGCUUUGGAAAGGGGAGAACUGCUUGGGGAUAUUGUUGGAUAUCAUAUUCGUUUGGAGCAGAGAAUUUCGUCCAAAACUGCACUUACUUAUUGUACAAGUGGUGUUCUUCUUAGAAAAUUGACUAAUAAUGAAUUAGCUUCAGAGAUUACACAUGUUAUACUUGACGAAAUUCAUGAACGAGAAACAAAUACUGAUUAUUUAUUAAUUGUUUUGCGAUGGGCAAUUUCACGUCGACCAGAUUUGAGAGUUGUGCUAAUGUCUGCAACUAUGGGAGAAAACAUUAAUAAAUUCUUGAAAUAUUUUGAGCAACAGGGGAUUUGUCAUAUUGAUGUUCCUUCACGUGUCUUUCACGUCGAUUGUUUUUUCUUACCUGAAAUUAUUGCUUUAACUGGUUAUCAAUCAAAAUCAUCUUUUGGAAUGUUUAACAACAAUAUUAAUAAAAACAAUAGCAAUGGAACUAAAAUUACUGGAGACUGCUAUUCUCCCUUUCAAUCAUAUAAUCAAUUUGAAUCCAAUCCUCCAAUUAAUCCUUAUGGGUUUUUUGAAUCCUCAAAUGUACAGAACAAUUCUUUUGGUUGUGAGAACGGCAGUUAUGCAAUGAAUUCUUUUCCUUUAUGCCAAUCAAACUCCAAUUAUAUAGAUCAACUCCUUAUUGACCGUCCUUCAUUUGCUGACAAAAAUUUUCUAUUAAAAUUUCGUGUUGGAAUGCUUCUUUUGCCGCAAAAGGAUAUUGUUGAUAAAUAUUUGGACUCUGGUGGCAGACAAUGGCGUGAUUCUGUUGAUAUUGAUCUUGUUGUAGCUACAUUAAGAUACCUUGUGGAUAGUUCUGUUCAAGGGGCAAUAAUUGUUUUUCUUCCUGGAUAUGAAGAAAUUUGUAAUAUAUAUUAUCGAAUUAUGACAAUUUUUGAAGAAGGAAAAUUUAACUGCGAACCUGUUGUUUUUACUCUUCAUUCUCAAAUUAAUAUGAAUGCACAGCAGAAAGUGUUUGAUCGUGUUAAAGAUGGACAACGUAAAGUGAUUUUGAGUACCAAUAUUGCUGAAGCUAGUCUUACUGUUGAUGAUGUUGUAUUUGUAAUCGAUAGUGGAAAAGCAAAAGAGAAAUCUUAUGAUUCUUCAACUCAUGUUGCCCGCCUUAAUUGUUGUUGGAUUUCACAAUCAAGUGCUGAACAAAGAAAAGGUCGUGCUGGUCGUUGCCAAUCUGGUUAUUGUUUUCGCCUAUAUACUUUGGAAGAUUAUAACAAAAUGGAGCCAUCACAAUUACCUGAAAUUAAACGAACUGCUAUUCAUGAAGUUUGUUUGCAUGCAAAAAUGUCUGCGCCUGGUGGUUUGACUGUUCAAGAAUUUUUGAGACAAGCACCGGAUCCACCUGAUGAAUUUAUUGUGGAUCAAAGCAUGUUAUUUCUUGAGCUUCUUGGUGCCCUCCAAUCGCCACAAAGCUGGGAUGACUUCAAUACUCCAUCAGAUGGCUUUGGGGAUUAUAAUUAUUCUCCUACGCAACGUAAUACAAACCAUCGUAAUCGAGGGACUCUCUACCAGAAAAUGAGCCGUUCCAGCAAUAUUUCACCAAGAAGUUGUACUCAAUAUAAUUUUGAAGAUGCAUUAAAUGAUAUUCAGAAAGAAGCUGACAUUACUGAAAUUGGAAAGAUUAUAACACAUUUGCCUUUGGACCCAAAAUUAGCCAGGUUGCUGCUUUUUGGACUUUCUUUUAAAUGUUUGAACCCAAUUACUACUCUUGUUGCUGCCAUAUCAUAUCGUGAUCCAUGUUAGUUUCUUUUUUCUCUAGAAUUUUUUUCAUCAUUAUGAUUUCAAAAAAUAAGCUUUUGUUUCAUUGCUUAUUAUCACAUGUCGAUAUUUAUAAGAUCGGCAAUUAUUUUUUUGGGGGUUUUUGUUUUUUAAAUUUCAUUUCCAAUUUCAUUUUAUUGUAAGCAUUAGUGUUAAAUAAGUUUUUCUUCAAAAAUCCCCUCAAAUUUUUCUAUUUUCCCCAUUUCGUGGGAGGGGCUUUAGCCCAAGAAGCACCCCCUGGCUACGCCCUUAUAAAAACAGAAGGGGUCACUUUAGUACGUGGGUCC